AUGAAAAAUAAGAACAAAUAUGACUAUCUGCUGAAGUUGUUACUUGUUGGAGAUUCCAGCGUAGGCAAAAGCAGUAUUCUGUGCCGAUACUCCGACAAUCAGUUUGAAGAGAAGGUCCUGUCCACCAUAGGCAUCGACUUCAAAGUGAAGUACCUGAAAAUAGACAAUAAGACCAUUAAAGUUGGUAUUUGGGACACAGCGGGACAGGAAAGAUUCCGGACUUUAACCUCAGCCUAUUAUAGAAAUGCCCACGCCAUUAUUCUGGUUUACGACUGCACCGUGAGGGAGUCAUUUGAAAACUUGGAUGUAUGGAUUCACGAAAUAGAUAAAUACUCAACGAACAAGAAUGCUAUAAAGAUGUUGGUUGCAAACAAGAUAGACAAGGCUAACCACGAAGUUACAAAAGAUGAAGGGAAAAACUUCGCCUUCGAAAAUAAUAUGUUGUUUUGCGAGACCAGUGCCAAGAAUGAUAUCAACAUAACAUACUGCUUUGAGGAGCUUAUUCAGCAGAUCUUAAACAACCCCUCUUUACUGGAACUCAGCGUUGUCACGAAAAAUUUGAAGCUCAGCAAGAAGGAGGAGAAUCGCUCCAACUGUGUUUGUUAG